AUGUCGUUCUUUAGUGGCCUUUUUGGUAGUGGUACUGGUCAACAGGAGAAAUCUGUGGGUGACUUGUUUGGUAAGACCAAUGCUGUGUCCAAGGAUCAGUUGAAGGCACAACGUACAAUGGUGGAGGGUGUCGAGAGGGAAGCAACGGAAGAUGUAGUCAUGUAUGAAGGUGAUGAAAAUACUAGUGAAGAUGAAGAAGAAGUCAGUGAAGACGAUAGUAUUGAUGACGAUGAUAAACCAAAAGGUAAAGCUUUGAAAAAGAAAUCUGAUGACUUAGAAGGUGAAUACUUUACUAAACUCUUACAAGAAGAUGAAAAGGAAUCUGAACAAAAAAAUGAAGGUUCUGGAUCUGGAUCUGAAUCUGAGUCUGAGUCUGAGUCUGAGUCUGAAGCUAAAGCUAAAGCCGUUAAAGGAAGCAAAGCCAAGGUUGUGGAUUUGAAGGAGGAUGAAUUAAGUAAAGCCAACAAAACUGUUUUCGUUGGAAACCUUUCUAACUCUGUCAUUAGCUCCAAAUCCACAUACAAACAAUUUAAGGCAUUAUUUUCAAAUUAUGGGAAAGUUAGUAGUAUCAGAUUUAGAUCAAUUGCCUUUGAUGAAGCAUUACCUCGGAAAGUUGCAUUUGUUCAAAAGAAGUUCCAUAAGCUGAGGGAAACCAUCAAUGCUUAUGUUGUUUUUGAGCAAGAAGAUUCUGCUCGUAAGAGUGUAAUCGGUUUGAAUGGUACUGUGUUUAAUGAUCAUCAUCUUCGUGUUGAUAGCGUAGGACACCCUGCUGCCAAAGAUAAUAAACGUACUAUUUUCGUGGGUAAUUUGGAUUUCGAGGAACAAGAGGAAACUUUAUGGAGAUAUUUCAAUGAUAAAUGUGAUAAUGAUGUUGAAUCUGUGAGAAUAGUUAGAGAUUCUGCUACUAAUUUGGGUAAAGGGUUUGCAUUGGUUCAAUUCAAAGAUACUCUCUCUGUUACCAAAGCCAUAUUACUCAAUAAUAAAUCUAUUUCCAAUGAAAAGAAGAGAAAGUUGCGUAUUUCAAGAGCAAAAGCUCAUACGAAACCUUCUAUUCUUUCUCCAAAUCAUAUUGAUAAUAAGAAAAAGAAAUAUGCUGCUGAUAAGGGAAGAAAAUUGAAUGAUAAACAAAAGUCUAAACUUGGUAAAGCCAUUGCUGUGUUAGGUAAGGCAGACCGUGCUUCUGCCGGUAAGACCAAAUUGGUAUUAGAAGGUGAAAGAGCAGUUAAAGGUAGUUCAGUUGCUGGUAUCAAGGGGAAGAAGGGUAAAGUGAAGAAGCCAAGAAUUAGAGAUCGUUCCACCAAGUUCAGAUUGGCUAGAGAUUCCAAGAAAUGA